GAAGGAGCAAAGAUCCAUCUCUUCACGGACGGAUCCAAAAACCCGAAGAAGCCGAGCGACGACGCCUGGUUCGUGGUGAUCGUUGGUGACGACAACCUCGGCUUCAGCUUCCAGGGAGCCAUCGUUGGAAAGCACAAGAGCGGCACCGACAUCGCCCUCAAGGACGACAUCGAGCACGAGACGACCUCCACGACCAUCGAGAUCACCGCCCUAAUCUGGGCCUUCGCCUGGGUGAGACGCUACAACCCCCACCACAUCACCACGAUAUACACGGACUCGCUCGGUGCCCUGCAGCUCGCGAAGAGGCUCGCCUUCACCGACCGCGACCCCAAGCUCGUCAGGACCCUAUGUAUCCUUUACGACAUGGUUAGCCAUAAGAUCGACCUGCAGCACGUCCAUGCCCACGACUACAACCCGUGGAACGAGGUUGCCGACGCCGCCGCCAACCACGGACGCCUUCGAGAGGUUACAGCUCCUCAGCCAGAGUGGGCAAGCGUCAUGGACGGCGCAUCCCACCGGGACUGGGAGUUCCUGGUCGACACAGACCCCAAUACUCGGGAGGCGUACCCCGCAUUCGUCAACGGCAGCCUCAUAGCCAACAGGGUCGAGACGACCGCCGAGCCCCGACACUUGCACAACCCCACCGAGUCCAGCGACAAGAAGAUCCAAGUCGAAAUCAACAUCGCGAUCUUCAACAUCCAGUCAGGAGGCAAGGACGCCUUGGGGAGUGGCGCGACGCAGCACACGACGACGACGCCAGAUGCGCCAACGCCAACUGCUACCACAUCAUCUCCAGCGGCCAAAGGGUUCAACUACGGCUGCGAGCUACACGCUCUGCUCAGCAAACCCCACGGCAAGAGCGGCAAAAGGGAGCUCUACUUCAAACCCGACCAGUUCACAGUCAUCGUAAAGGACCCCAGGCUCCUUAUAGUUCGGGUUGCAGCCCCUGGCUUCAACCAAGUGCUUGCCGUCGCCCACGCUCCGCACUCGAAGGCCCUCGCGACCGAGAAGGACCUCAACUGGAAGAAGCUCACGGAGGCCACCGAGAAGCACCAAGUGAGCAUCAUCUUCUUCGAUGCAAGCGCCAGGACAGGUAACAUCACCAGCACGGCCAUCGGUGACAAGGGCUUCAAGCAAAACGAGGACCCCAACGGACACCGUCUUCACGAGCUUCUCUUGACCAACCACUUGGCGGCCGCCAACACCUUCGUCAGCCAUGGACCAGAGCACUAUACCUGGCACUCGGGCAAGGACCCUCACCGCAUAGACUACUUCGUCACCCCCAAGGGCUACGACUCAAUCGAAGAGUGCACUGUGCUCCACGGCAUCGACAGCGGCCAGGACCCAGAGACCAAAGACGACCGCUACCCUGUCAAGCUGCAGCUUGCCUAUCAGAUCGCCUCGCCCGUCGCCAGAGGAGCCCCGAAGCUAGACGAGAGCAAGCUACACCUCGCCAUAGUCACCGAGAAGAUCACGGAGGCUGCGCACGAGUGCUUCCGACCCCACGGCCGCACUCCACACAAGCCCUACAUCACCAAGCGAUCCUUCGCACUUCUGCGAGUCCGUCGCUCGCUACUCAAGACGACGCGGAUCGCCAGGAAAAACGGGAUUGCCAGCCACUUCGGCGACAAGAGGCUACACUACACGGCCAAGCUCAUAGCGAAGGAAGCUCUCCUGCCCGACCCCGCCGACGUGAGCGCGUUGGCCGACCUCAGCGACUAUGAUAAACUUAUGGUGGCCUCUCUCAUACUCAGCACUCCCAGCCUAGCGACGUCUAAGCCGAUCCUCCAGAAGUGGAUCACGAGAGAUCGCGACGACUUCCUCGAGAGGACCGCCGACGAGAUGGGCACAGCGAUCGACGACCGCGCCCCCCGAGUGGAGGCCCUGUAUGCAAAGCGACUACUGACCUUCGGAGGACGGAAGCCCAAGAAGCCGCCGACGCCCAUCAUCCGUACCAACGACGACGGGAAGCCCUUCACGACGAAGAGCGAGAUCGCCGACCACGCCCUGGCCUUCUACGGCAAAGUUGAGCAGGCCACAGCCACGGACGCAGACGGGGUAGCAGCUGACUACAACAAGAGGGCCCGCCACGAAGGGCCAGAACCUAAGAUCCAGAACGCAAUGCCCAAGCACCAGCUGACCAGCCAGCUCGCCGCCGCCAAGCGAGGACGCCGAGGCGGCCCCGAUCAGCUCACCGACGACAUGUCCAGAGCCAGCCCUGAAGGGAUGGCUCGUCUGCUCCACCCCGUCCUAAUCAAGACCCAUUUCGAGAGCACCGAGCCGAUCGCUGCCAAGGGCGGGUACCCCACGUACUUCCACAACGGACAGGGGGCCAUGGAGCUCCAGAAAUCCAACCGCGGCAUCCUGCUCAACAACACCAUCGGCAAGAUGCACAGCUGCUUCCUCCGCUCCCGCGUGAAGGGGGAGGCCUUCCACUCUGUCAUCAGGGAGUUGCGCAUGCAAUUGCCGACCUCAGCCGACGAGCUCAAUGACCUCAUCGAAAGAAUCGACAUCCCCGACUUCAUCAGACCAGCGCUAAAGGAACGACUCCAUCAGCAAGCCUACAACAACCAGAACAUCGACGACGAACACCUCUGCCACAUGCUCGCAGAUCACCACACAAUCAACUGGAUGACAGCCAAGAGCGCAAGGCACGACCAGUUGCCUCGGACCAGCACCCGACCUGGAGUGCCUUACUCGGACGUAGCCUUCAACAUCCACUUCGCCAUCAUGAUGAGAGCAAUCGACCAGGCAGCCCGAGAGGAAGAGGCCCACGGCCAGCAGAUAGGUGGACACGAGAUCGAGGCCUGCAGCGACCCAAUUGUUUCGCCGACCCCUCACGAAGGAAGCGUGCUCAGGAACAUGUCUUUCGUCGAUGACCUCACAGACUACAACUCGACCGCAAACGCCAGCGACCUGAUCAACACGACUACUCUGGCCGCUGCCAGGCUCUGCACAGCAGCGUUCCAGCAUGGCCUGAAGCCGCACCCCGACAAGACCAAGGCCAUCCCCAUGCACUACGGCGCGGGGGCCACGAAGGAGAAACAGCGGAUCGCCAAGGAGGGCAUCACAUACCUCGAACUGGACGGACUCUCUAUCAAGGUGCAGCUAGUAAUGCAGCAGAAAGCCCUUGGUACCAUCAUCGCGGCGGGCGGGGUCACGGGGCCAGAAAUCUGCCCAAGGGUCAACCGCGCGCUCGGUGCAGCCCGGCCUCUCGAGAAGCAGAUCCUCCGCCGCAAGAAGCUCUCGAAGGAAGCCAAGGUGAAGUACGUCAACUUUUUCUCGACCUCCUCGCUGACAUGCAACCACCACGUCUGGAGCGACCUGACCAUGAAAGACCUGAAGCACAUAUCCGCCAAGCACAUGGGCCCAUACCGCGUGGCAGCCUCGCCACCCAAGACCAACUCACCCGACCAGCACAUCUCCGAAGCCGAGGCCUACAUUCACCACAUUCGCGACCAAGCCCAGGGCGCCAAGCUCCAAAAGGACAUCCAGAUGAUCCCCGUAGCAGACCCAACCGAAGGGUUCGACCUCCGCGACGACACCAACAACCAGAAGUACGUCUGCUACGCCUGCGGCCGAGUCGCCACCAGGCAAGGCAUGGCAAUCCAUAUGGGCAGGGAUCAUCCAGACCACGAGGACCCGCGCUUCUGGGCCACAGGCACCGCAUGCCGAUGCUGCCAGACCGAGCACCACUCUCUCCCGAGGCUCAUCAAGCACCUAUCGGUGGCUCACCGUUGCCGCAAAUCCUGGCACGCCUGGCACCUCCAGACGAUGGAGCCCCUGACGGAGCAGCAGAUAGCAAAGAACUUCACCGCCAUCGCCGAGGCCACAAAUGCCAACAAGAAGCAAGGACGACAUCCAACCUUUAGCGACAAGCCAGCCCACCCGUGCGACGUUACGCCGCUGCCGCUCCUCGAGACGUCGCCCGUCGUACCGAAAGUAUUCGCCAGACUCGAGUCAUCGCCAAGCAGCCCGCCCGCGAGCUCGCCUGCAGGACCAGCCGAGCGACAAGAGGUCGUCUUCAUCACCGACCGCCCUCGGCAGGCUGCCGACCUCCAGCAGAUCAUGGCCAACAGCGGGGUCACGAGCGUCAGCGGCCUGGACUACACUCAGAUCGCAAUCCACGGCGACGGCCGGACUUCAGAACAAAUGCCAGAACUUCGGCGAGUACAACGAAGGAUCCUACACGGCGAGACAGCGGCCAUCUCCGUAGAGUUCCCACGACGGACAUGGUACCUACACGACGUAAGCGACGUUCUGGGCAGUAGAGCAAGCAGGCAGCGCACCACCGAGGCACCCUGGGGAAUGCCUCAAGUUUCCGAGACCAUCGCCGACGAGAUAUUCGCCGCCAACAACGUCACAAGAGAGAUCCUGCGGAUGCUCUUCGCGGCGACCACAACCAACGUCCCCUACGUCGCAGCCAUCCCGGCAGAGUCGACCUGCAGGCAGACUCCUGAAUACCAGCACGUCGCCAACCAGACGACGGCCUACGAGACCUCGACAAACCACUACGACCUCGGCGCCACACAGAUCCUCGACAACGGCACCCGCGACGACCUCCGCAACGGAAUGACCACGGCAAACGCAGAGGAGAUCGACUUUGCCAUCGCCGACCUGAUCGAUGGCAACAUAGUGGCUAGAUGGGGUCUCAGAACCGCAACCGUUGCGCCUACCAGCCAGAACCUGAACACCAACGAUGCGUACUACAUCGAAC